AUGGAGACGGACUCAUCCAUAGAGGAAGAAGCCAGCAGAGACAUGGGGUCUAGCAGAGAGAAAGAAGACUCGAAAGCGCCCGAAGGCACAGCAGCUCGGGCAGAGAAAAUAGAGGCGAAAGAGACCCUUGAAAGAGAGGAAACGCACGAAAAAACAGAAGCCAGUGAAAUAGACUUUGAGAGUGGCCGCGCUGCAGCCACAAAGAAAAGCAAUCUUAGAAAGCCCGGGCCGCACAAAAAAAAGCGAGUCCAUUUUGCCGAACCAAUUGAUGACGACUCCAGCCGGUUUUAUAGGAGAGAAAGGCAGGAUGCAAUCUCAUCAAAAAGCUUGCGCAACAGAGAAGAGCUUGAGUCUGAUUUCUCCCACGAGCUGCUCUAUGCACUUUCGGAGGCAUCCGAGCCGAGAGUGCAGACGGCCGUUCUAUCCCGAAAGCCUAUGCACGUGUGGAAAGUUAAAGAGGAGCAUAAGCUAUCAGAGCCCCCCGCGAAGCAUGCUGGCUUUGUGGUAAGCCUCAGAAACAAAAUAAAAAGUGUCGUGUGUCGAGGGUGCAGAGCGCUUAAACGGCUGCUCGGGCUGGGCGAUGCAAGCAAAAGUCCUCCGCAUGUGCCCGCGGUUGUGCUGGAAAGCUCCAGCGACUGUGCAAUAGAUGUGACAACUGCGAAUCCAGCAAGCAUGGCAUCCCAAAACAUAUUUCUGUCUAAAAGCGGCAAUUUUGAGGCACACUGCUUGCACAGGCGCCCUAUGGAAAUCCAAGGCUCUGGGCGCUCUGUGGUUUUGCUAACGCGCAUUCCCAUGAAGGCCAUUCCAGCCAGAUACAGGCUGCACGGCGGCAUUCUGGUGCAUGGUUUCUUGGCCUUCCGUCUGGAAAAAAUCAGCACGCAUGACGAGUUUCUGAAAUACUUUCCUAUGGGAGAAAAGGCGUUUAUUGUGUGCGCCAGCGGCUCUGAGUGUGUUGUUUGCAUGGUUCUUCUUGCAGAUGCGCGGAAUUGUGUGGUGGCCUGA